CUAUAACGACAACAACGAUCUCCGAGGUUCGUUGUGUCGAAGUCGAGGCGCUGAAGACUGCUGGCGGCAAAGACACACGACACAUAUAUACGUUGGGAUUGUGCGGAUCGUGUAGUAGCUUUUCGACGAACAAAGGACAGUCAAUUUUCAUUCUUGCGACGAAUAUAAUGUACGCUCUCUGAAUGUUAUACCUGUGGUGUCGUGGUCUCUUUAAUAAUCAUCCAAGCAAGUUUUGAAAACGGAUUUCAACAUGGAUUUCUUGGACGUUUUCGAUGGGUCUAAGAACUUCUCUGUCAUCAAAGUCCCUUUGGAAUCUGCCAGAGCUCAGAAGAAACUAACCGACAUGUCAAUGUUUGAUGAUCAUCUGAAUUCUACGAUUGGCUCAAGCAUGACUGGAACAGAAUACGCUCAAGAGUACAUUAAGGAAGAAGAGGAAAAAAUUCUUGCCGACGAGAGAGCUCUUCUCGUCAUUCCAAGUGCUUCCGGGCAAGAUUUUGAGGCAAUAUCGGAAAGCACAGCUGGACCGGCUCAUCACGAUUUACAAAAUGAAAAUUUGACAAAAAUUUACAAUACUUACGACUUUGCUCACAGAGCUAAAGAAGGCUUGACAAUAAGUUCAAUGGAGAACAAAAUCGUUUCUAUAAUUGAAACAAAUAGUGUUACUGUGAUUCAAGGACCUACUGGAUGUGGAAAAACUACGCAGGUUCCACAAUUCAUUCUGGACUCGUGCGUGAAAAAGAGAGUACAUUGUAACAUUAUAGUGACUCAACCUCGACGAAUAGCAGCGAUAAGUAUCGCGAAACGCGUUAGCGAGGAAAGAAAUUGGCCUGUGGGAAGCCUCGUUGGUUAUAAAGUCGGAAUGGUGAACAACACGUCGCUAGACACGCGUCUCACUUAUUGCACUACCGGAGUUUUGCUCCACCGAUUGAUAAGCAUGAAAAACAUGCUCGAUUAUACACACGUGAUAAUCGACGAAGUGCAUGAGCGUGACCAGGACAUGGACUUUGUGUUGCUGAUGGUGAGGAAAUUCCUGCGUACGAAUUCACGAUCCGUCAAAGUAAUUUUAAUGUCGGCGACAUUCAGCGUUGAUAAAUUCUCAACGUAUUUCUCAAUCCCCAUGAGUUGUAAGCUCGUCCCUGCUCCGGUUAUUGACGUCGCCAAACGAAAUUUCUUCAACAUCCAAGUUCAUUACAUUUGCCAAAUAAUGCAGUUGGGUCGGAUUCCCGAGGUUUCAGAGGAGAAUCCAAAAGUUUCGCGAGAUAUGAUGACGUUCUGCAUUAACUUAUUGACUUGUUUCGACCAAAUGGAUAACCAAAGUGACGCCGAUCAUCGUUUCGCUGUACUGAUAUUUUUGCCAGGCAUUUGGGAAAUUGAAGAAAUGCACGCACUUUUGACAUCGAAAGAACAUGAGAAUCUCAGAUGCGAUGUGGUAAUUUUGCAUUCGUUCAUUACUAGUGAUGAACAACAAAACAUUUUCAAUCCUCCACCCGCGGGUCAACGACGAAUCAUUUUAGCGACGAAUAUUGCGGAAAGCAGUAUUACAAUUCCGGAUAUUAAAUACGUGAUCGAUUUCUGCCUAACGAAACAAAUGGUGACGGAUCCAAAAACGAAUUUUCAAUGUCUGGAGAUCAGUUGGGCGAGCAAAGCGAAUUGUGAGCAACGUGCUGGUCGUGCUGGACGUUUAAUGGACGGCAGAGUUUAUCGCCUUGUGCCUCUGCGUUUUUACGAGGAGGUGUUGCCGGAAGAAGGACAGCCGGAAAUGCUGCGAGCGCCUCUGGAAAACGUCGUGCUCAACGCCAAAAUGUUGGAUAUGGGUGAACCAAAAGCGAUUUUGGCGCUCUCGUUGGAUCCACCGGAUUUGAGCAACCUCGAGCGUACGAUACUCGUGCUGAAAGAGGCGGGCGCGUUGUUGGAUAAAGAGAAUGAGCUGAAACCACUUGACGGAAUUUUGACGGAUUUGGGUCGGGCGAUGGGAGCCCUCCCGCUGAACAUUCACAUAACAAAAUUGAUAAUGCUCGGGCACAUAUUCAGCGUGCUUCGUCCAGCUAUAAUAAUCGGUGCGAGUAUGGCGGUGAAAAACGUGUUCAGUGCCCCAUUUCAACAGAAACUUCGAGCUUACGCGGCGAAGCUGACGUGGUCGGAAAAUUCUUCGAGCGACUGUAUUUCCUUUUUGAACGCUUACAAUACGUGGAUAUACAGAAAAGCGACGAAUCGUUUGAAGAGCGACGCCAUUGAAAAACGUUGGGCGCGAUCGUAUCAUUUGCAGAUAAGAGUAUUGCGGGAAAUCGAGGCGCUUGUCCGUGAAAUCACGUUGAGGCUUCGUAAAUUGGGCAUCAUCGAAACUGUUGGUAACGAUCGCUCUUGCUGGAGCAAAGAUGAACUUCCACUUAUCCUGAAAAUCGUGAUCGCUGGUGCCUUUUACCCGAAUUAUUACACGAGAUCCAACACCAUCGAUGAGAGUGAAGGUGUCAAGUGUCUCGGUGGUUGCGAUCCAACGAAAACCGUUUAUCUUCAAGGCUGGCCUAUCGAUCAACCCGGUCUGCUUUAUGCCAGAAGAAUUCAAGAAUACUUUCAGGAUUGCGUCUCGUCGAAAAUCACCAAAAUUCUCGUUAGCUUUGAUAAAUCCUGCAGGGUUUACGUACAAUUUCGAGAGAACGAAGAAGUCGGGGAUAUCGAUGAUGACAACACCAAUCAAGAACCUGGAGAAAUUUCAAUGUGCGUCUACAAAGCUAUCAAGUUACGAUCAAUUACUAGCGCACUCGAAGUACCCGUCAUGAACGCUGAAGCUGCUGCUAAACGGGCCGAACAACUCGGUCUCUCCAAUUUCACCCCACAAGUAUUUUUGCCCAAAGAAGGACCCAUCGAAACCAUCCCACAAAUUGACAUGAAAUUUCGACCCAUUCUUCCAGCACUUGAUAUCGCCCACAUACGGAUAGAUAUACUGCGGCCGAUAACCCCCGGACACUUCUGGGCUUAUAACCAAGACGAGGUCACCUUGCACACGUAUCAGAAGAUUCGAUCAAUGGCUAAUUCACCAAAGGUUCAUUCAUCGGAAGGCCUGCUGAAGGCUACACCCGAAAUCGGUUCUAUGGUUUUGGUGCCACGUAGCAAUGGGGAAAGCGUAGAAUACUGCAGAGGGGUUGUGCGAAACGUGACGGUCGAAGUAAAAUCGGGGUCGUUGGCAGAGGUUCUGUUGAUCGACACUGGUUACAUGGAACGAGUGCCAGUCUACGACUUACGAAAAUUGGAUGACGAUCAUGAGAUUAAUUCGAUUCCUGGACUAGCGUUCGAGUGCGUACUCGCGGGAAUUCGUCCUUCAGAGAUUAGCCGCUUUCCCAAUAAAUGGUCGACGAAUGCUUUAAUUUUGUUUGAAAAGCUUUUAAAAAGGAAGGUGCCAUUUUUCGGCGAAAUUUAUUCGGUCGUUGACGGUAUCGUUCGCUUGAAACUAAUAUACGGCGUAGAGGGCGAACAAAUUGUUUGGAACGACCAAUUAAUUGAACUCGGGUUUGCUGAGGCCAAAGAAGAGGAUUAUCAAUCGCGAUGCAAUCACGGGCUUCGGGAACGCUACUCCGAUCUAUCGGUUGAACAACGACAGUACUACGAAAAGCUUCAAUAUACCAGCGGAUUCAUCAACGACUCUUACCCUGAACCUCCGGACUUCGGUGAAUGUCACACCAGGGUGAAACUACGUGGCCCUUUUUCACCCCUCGAGAUCAAUCUCACUUCCCUGGCCAAAGCUGGCAUCAGCAAAAGAGUCGUGAUCGACAACACCUCCAUCAAUUCGGUUCUUCUCGAUGCAAAUCCGGACGAUCCUCACGACCGGCUCCUCGUCGCCGGUUUCGUUGGCCAAAGCCCCGCUGGAUAUCAUCUCACUCUUCGCAAUACCACUUUAAUGCCCAACAUCCCUGGACUCACUUCUCUGUUGUGCCUCAUUUUUGCGCCCAGAAUAGAACUACGCAGAAAUAGAAUGAAUACGCGAUAUAUAGGGGCUCUCUGCGGCUUGGGCUAUCAUCCUCUCACUAAAAACAGCCUCUUUCCUGACCACGAUCUUCCGAUCCACUUUGACGUUGACAUUUCUAUGGAUGAUCUUCAGGAAGUCAAUAGAUUGCGAUACUGGAUGAAUUUAGGAAUUCAUGUAGAUCAAGAACAAAAUGAGACGACGGAGAAUAAUGGAGAAACUGUGGUCUGUCAGGCCCGAAUAAAACGAGCGCUUCUGGCGCUUUUGAGCAAACGAAAAGCUGUUCCGCGCGAGACCGAUCCAAACUUCGGGGCAUGGUGUCGCUACGACGAACGUUGUUUCUUGCCACCAGGAAAAGUGGAGAUGUCAAAACAUUCCAUAUAUCGUUUACACGAAGCUCUUGAGCUUGAACCGAAGGACGACGAGCGGGAAAAUAUGAUAAGUCAUAUAGAGGAGUUGCGACAAUUGUCGGGAAGGCAUUAUCGCGACGAUCAGGUUGGCGACGUGGUUUGCAAACUCUGCGACGUUUCACUGUGGGGAGUCUAUCAACUACGAAUUCAUCUCUGCAGCAAGGAACACAUUGACAAAGAGAAAACGUUCAUGAACAAAGACGAUUCCUAGUCAAUAACGUUGAUUCAUUGGUUAUCAUGAUUUCCUAAUUUACACUAGAUCGAAAGAUAAUUUAACUGUCCUCGUAUUAUGUUUUCUCAUAAACUUCAUGGAUAUUCAAUCCAUAUAUUUUGUGAUACAAUAACUUUUCACGUAGUAGAAUGAAAAAGUAAAACAGGUUAAUUUUCAGUUCUAAAAAGAUAUUUAGAAGUUAGGUUAUCAAUAAAUCGCUUUAUUACUUUCGUACAAGUCUGGUCACAUAAAAUUUUUCCCUGACUCUGGAUAUAUGUACAAUAUGAAAAGUUGCGAAUAAAGUGUCUUACUUAUUUUUGUCAA